GCAGCUGGCAGCAUCGUCAGAGGGUUGGUGCCAGUUGCUGUGGCAGCUAUGUUACUUGGAUGCUAGGUGAUUACACGGCUCUAUACAGGGACAGCCUUAUGAUGGAGAACGCAACCGACAAGUAUUACAUCAUAGGGAACGACACCGUUAACACAACCCUCGGGAGCCCACCAUGGCAAACAACGUCCUUCUGGAGCAACGGGAACGACUCCGGCAACGCGUCCACUGCUGUCGGCAUGAACAGCACGCACAGCCCAAGUAUAGCUAUCCAGAUACUAUACCGUAUACACCUGGUUGCUAUUCCAGCUACUGCGAUCGUUGGUACCAUAGCCAACCUUCUGGCGUUCUUCACCUUUAUCAGUAAACCUCUCCGCCGUACUUCUUGCAGCCUUUACCUCGCUGCAAGAUCGCUGUCUGACACAGGCUUCCUUCUGUCUCUCCUCGCAACCUGGAUCGGAGAUGCCACGACCUUCCAGCUGUAUCAUGAGAUGGAAUGUGUCAAAUCGUUCUUUUUUCUAACCUAUUUCUGUGGAUUUCUAUCUGUGUGGUUGGUUGUCCUUAUUACAGUGGAGAACUACAUUCGUAUAUGUCAUCCUUUUACUGUGGCAAGGUUCUGCACUGUCCAGAAAGCAAAAUGUUUCAUAUCAGGUCUGUGUAUCAUUGGUGUAAUCUUGUAUCACUUCCCUCUAUGGCUCAGUGCCGUGUUGGAAUUUCCUGGCGGAAAGAGGUACUGUAACUAUCUACAGAAAUACAUCACCAUCACUAGAGUGUUUACCUUCGGGGACAUGAUCUUGACUCUGGUGAUUCCGUCUAUUGCUAUUAUUCUGCUGAUGGUCGGCAUCACCUACAGCUUAAUCACGUCAUUAAAACGACAAAAACGACUAAAACAAAACAGCGAAAGAGUCAAAAGCCAGCGGUCAAAUGGCAAGAAGGCCGGGGGCUCAUCUCCUCAAGCUAAAGUGACCAAGAUGUUGUUCGCAGUUUCUUUUAUAUUCCUAGUUUUGAAUCUUCCCAGCCAUGCCGUGAGACUCCGGGUUUUGAUCUUGACUUAUGAGGGGGAACCACAGAAACCCAACAUUGAUCAGAUGCUUCAAGUUAUUUUUCAAAUCCUUUACUAUCUCAGUUUUGCUGUCAACCUGGGAGUAUACUUAGCUUGCGGGGACAAUUUCAGGAAGGUAUUUCUGGACAAGUAUGUGUCUUGUGUGCUUCGUUCCAAAUACAUGAGAAGGAAGAGUGAGGUGUCGCAUACCUCCUUCACGAACAUUCGAUUGGAGGCAGCCGAGCCAAUGAAAGAAGAGGAGACGUCAUUAAUCACGUGACUAGGGUGCAUCUAAAACUGGACAUAAGAUGGCGUCCAUUGCUAAUCAGCUGAAUUCUAGGGUGCAUUUAGUGACAUUGGAUUAUUUUCUUGGACGACCUACCAGAUGUAGGCAAAUUAUUGAUUGUUGUGCAUGUAUUUGAAUGUUUGAAAACCUACUGAACAUGACAUCAUUAGGUAUUAAAUACUUUUCGUAAAUUAUAUACUAUACAUGGCCUAUGUGAUGUGAUUUUGUAUUCCUUUUCUAAAUAUACAAAAUACUUUUAUAGGGCUGUGUUCCUAAUAUAUGGUUCAGAAUCUCAUAUUUAUAUAUUAUAUAUCUAUACAUGAUACCCCUUAAUAUAUAAAGACAUUUCUAAAAUGUAUAAUAUUGCACUUCGAGACAUUAAGAACGGGAAUGCUCACUGUUGUACGAGUACAUUUGUAAACCGACAGAACGUUUGUUUGUUUUGAUUUUGUUUAAUAUAAACACUAUUAUCGGAACCAACAUACAUAUUUCAUAUGUUUGUAUAUCUGGAAAAUAUAACAAAAUACCGGUGUUAACUGUUUCUUACAUCGUUCAUCAACAUGCGAUUAGGACCUCGAGCCAUUUCAGUAUGAGAAUGGUGGGAAUGUAGAGGGAUUACGUAUGUCCAAAGUCCAUUGAAUUUAAUUACUUCGAUCACCUGUAACAGGUAGGUUUGUACCCGUGUACCUAUAUACUACGUCCAUGUCAUAUUUGCUCAGUGUGUAUUACCUGCCCAAUGUUCUCCCAGUUCGUUGUCACUUCCCUGUGUAUGCCUUUGAUGCCCAAACAACGUCCUCACAUUAGCAUGCAUGGAAUAAACUUGGAGAUUCAUCACUGUGUCACAUUCAGUUUUAGAGAAGGAUUUGACGAGGAGGCCCAGAAAGCUCACGUGACCGGAAGCUUUAAUUGACCCCUACACGGAUCACGUGACUUUGUGGACCUUCAUAAAGCCUUUCUCCUGCCCGAGCAUCUACAAACAUACCCCUGCGUUGCUACGUUACGACGAUGUAGUGAUUAUAAACCGUUCUUUUUCGAAUUUCGAUGUAUCAUGUGUACAAAUAUGUCCCGAUUCGAAAAAUAUUUUAUCAUAACUAACAAGAAACAGGUAACCUCUAUCAAGCACUAUGUAUUACACUCCUAUCAAAUUAGAAACGUUAUUUGUUACUUGUUAAAACUGUGUUUGUUCUACUCAUUGCAAUAAAACAUUCUUGCUUC